ACCGCAGCCAUACUGCUCUGGAGGGUCCGGAUCAUCAGACAGUCAUGAAGUACCAGUGUGUGAUGCUCCUGGUGGUGCUUAUUGCCAUGGCCUUUGCUUGUCUGGGAGGGGAUGCUGUGUCCUUCCCCUGGGUCUGUGCUAACUACAGCGGGCUCUGCCGUCCAGUGUGCCUGCCGACAGAACUGCCGUUCGGCCCCUUCAGCUGUGGGAAGGGAUUAGUGUAA